AUGGUUAAAAUUAUUAUUGGUAACGCAGUUGUGAAAGGAUAUCACAUUUUCCAGAUUCGACCUCCUCCUACUUUGUACCUUCCCGUCACUAAGGAAUAUGGUAACACCCAUGAUCCAAAUGCUUGUCUUGUUUGGGUACCAGAAAUUGGGUCCAUACCACAACACAUGAUAAACAUUGUGACUGAUAUUAAAAGAGGUGAAACUGUGCACACAAUCGCCGGGCUUCCUAUUGGAAGAGUACCAGAAGGGUUUUCGUUAGUCUUCACUGACUUACUAAGUUCGUCAGCCGUUGAUAAAAUUGAAUGGUAA